AUGACUCGUCGAUUCCAUACAUUUACGAUUCUUAUAACAAGUACAACAACAGCAGCAGCAGCCACAUUUGGUCUGACUCGUUUCAUUCAUCGAUGUCAAGAGAAUCCUUCACAUCAAUCAGAUUCAAAUGAAAAUAAUUCAACUAAACUAUCGUCAAUAAUACUUGAAUCAAAGCAUGAUUUAACUGAUAAUGCUCUACAAAAUCAUUUAUAUAUACCUAUUGAAUCUACUAAUGUCGUUAUAACUGCAAUUUAUCAACAAGCUUUACAUUAUUUAAAACUAACUCAUUCAACAAAUACUCAUAUACGUGAACGUGGCCUUAGUCAUUUAGCUAAAUUAAAUAAUUUACCUCCUAUUUAUUAUUCAAUUAUUGGUCAACAACUUGAUUAUCAUUCAGCUAUUCGAUUAGCUCGAACUUAUGAAGCUAAUUCAAAUUUAUUUCCUAUUGGUCCACCAUAUAUAUUUUCAAAUAGAAAUAAAGAAAUACUUGCUACUGGUAAUGUAGAUAAUGUAAAUGAUGAUGAUGUACUUUUACAUACUAUAAGACGAUUUCUUGAUAAAUUAAUUGAUGAUAAAAAACGUCCAUUGGAUAUAUUAAGUCAACAUUAUCUUAAAUUGGUAAGAAAAGUACAAUGA